UCGAAAGCUUCCGCGAAGUAGCGCCCCUCCGUGGAGGUCGAGUUUCAGAACCCGAUAGACCCGUCUGAAGAUACGCGGACGCGUCCUUCCUUCACUUGGAAAAUGGCUGAACGUACCGCGGCAGAGGAGUAUUUGUCUCCGCAGUUGAGCACACAGACCCGAUAUGUCUCUCUUCUGGUUGGACUCCUGGUGGUUAUCCUGCUGGUUAUCGUGAUCCUGCUGCCCGUGUUGAUCUUUAACAAAAACAAAAAGCCAAAUGAUUACGAUGAUUCUGCAGUUAUAGAUUUUUCGGAUUGGGGCAAACAACUUGUGUACGCGACCGACGACAAGGACGAUGUGCUACGACCAGCAACAGUGGAGGGAAGAAGCCAUCUGUUAGGUUCCACUAACAUGUUGAACUUCAGCGAGCAACUCGCUCUGGCACUCGUUAACAAUAUGGCAAUUACGGGAAAGAUCAAGUCUCAAAAGGUUGGGGACUAUGGCAAGAGCGAUUCAACUAAUGAUAAGAUAUGUUGGCUCAAUAUUUUCAUGAAACCUGUUGGGGUUUCUUACAUCGGGAAUGUGGUUGGAGGUCUGCAAGUUGGCCGCAAUAUCACUAUUCGAGGACGAGUCAAUCAAUCCCCGAACAAAUUUAUGGUCGACCUGUUGGACAAUACCACCAAUAUUUCAAUGCGCCUGCAACCUCGUUUCAAUUACAACGGAGAUACCAAGGUGUUUGUUCGGACCGCCUACAUUGGUGGAUCUUGGGGUACUGAUGAGCGCCAGGAGACCUCCUUUCCCUUUGAAGCCAACUCCUACUUUGAGAUGGUCAUCCACUGUAGCGAGAAGGCUUUCAACGUGUCCGUCAACAAUGCCCACGUAUUGGACUUCAAGCACCGUUUGACUGGGCUAAACAAGACCACGCGUGUGAAAGUGGAGGGAGACAUCAAGCUGAUGAAUGUCAGGCUUCUGUGACUUCAUCAAUGCCAUGUCAAAAAGUUCCAUUUCUUAAUCAUGCAUAUAUAUCAUACAUUUACAUUAAGGAUUAUUAGAACCACAGGAUUGUUGUAACAUGACUUUUUUUUUACUCAGAUGAACAUGAUCACUACUUGUGUGACUUAUUGAGUUAUCGAAGAUACUGAACGGACAAUAAAUUGUUUUCUUUCAUUGUAAUCAAUAAAACUGCAUUACAAAAUG